GGGCAGGAGCGGAUUUAAAAGAGGCCAGGGCGGGCGGAGGGAGGCUGUGGAGAGAGCGCAGAGACAAGCGCAGAGCGCAGCGCACCGCGACAGACAGCCGUGGGCAUCCACCGACGGCGCAGCCGGAGCCAGCCGAGCCGGAAGGCGCGCCCCGGGCAGAGAAAGCCGAGCAGAGCCGGGUGGCGUCUCCGGGCCGCCGCUCCGACGGGCCAGCGCCCUCCCCAUGUCCCUGCUCCCGCGCCGCGCCCCUCGGGUCAGCAUGAGGCUCCUGGCGGCCGCGCUGCUCCUGCUGCUGCUGGCGCUGUACACCGCGCGCGUGGACGGGUCCAAAUGCAAGUGCUCCCGGAAGGGACCCAAGAUCCGCUACAGCGACGUGAAGAAGCUGGAAAUGAAGCCAAAGUACCCGCACUGCGAGGAGAAGAUGGUUAUCAUCACCACCAAGAGCGUGUCCAGGUACCGAGGUCAGGAGCACUGCCUGCACCCGAAGCUGCAGAGCACCAAACGCUUCAUCAAGUGGUACAACGCCUGGAACGAGAAGCGCAGGGUCUACGAAGAAUAGAGUGAAAAAUCUCUGACGGGAAAACUCCAGACCAGUUGGGAGACUUGUGCAAAGGACUUUGCAGAUU